UUUGGAAUUCUGCCAUGGUCGGAAGUGGGCUUCGGUGUUUUGCCAUCCCGCAAAUUGGUUUCGGUAGAUUGCCAUUAUGAAACAUGAACACCCUACUGUAAUGCCAUUCCACCCUCUUCCAAUUCAUUUUUUAAUUUUGUGCCUUUUAUUUGAUCCGAUCUUCCCAAACUACCCCUACCCCCAUCAAUCCAAAAUACUGAACGAGUCUCGUUCGUUUCCUCCUCGCUCUGUUUCUUCCCAGGCGCACGACGGCAGGCGGCGCCCCCUCCCCCAACCUGCGCACGACGGCAGGCGGGCGGCGGCCCCUCCCCCAAACUCGACGCCGCUCUCUGAUCCUCCCAGUGAUUUGGGGAUGUCGCAGGGCAACAGCAGCUUCCAUCCCGCCCGUUUUGUCGGCCUCGCGCAAUAUCCUGUCGGCCCUAGUGGCCUCCCUCUCAUUCCUUGCCCAGAUUGUGGGGAUCAAGUGGUGGAGUGCAAAUCAUGGAAGCAUAAUGGCCGGGUGUUCUUCAAAUGCAUAAGAUACGAUGACCAUUUGGAGCUUCCUGGCAGAUGCGGGUUCUUCAGGUGGCUUGAACAAUUUAGGUCGAUUAUUGCUGCAAAGGAGAAACAACUGAUGCAAGCACAUGCUGCAAAGGAGCAAGACCUGAAGGAAGUUUGUCCUUCUACAAGUGGAUUUCAGAUUAGAAGCAGCCUGUGUGACAAGGGGAAGAUUGACAAGUUGAUCAAUUUGGUUCAGUUCCUAGUGCUGAUCUGCAUUGUCAUAGCUGUUGUAAUGUUCUUUGGUGUAGUAGUGUUGCUUGUCAAGUGAUCAGGCCAUCCAUGUAUCAGUGAUGUUUAGUUUAUCUGUAACUAUGACUCUCUAGCAAUGAUAAUUAUGUAUCAGUGAUGCAAUAUUAUAUCUCUCAAA